AUGGCGCUUCAUACACUUUACAUCUGUUGCUUUACUGUAUUGUUGGGCGCCGGUUUGGGUUGGGCCGAACAAACCUUGACAACCUCGGACUACGGUGACCAGGGGGAAUUGGACUUCACAAGUCCUGAUACAAAGUCUGUUUCCAGGUCGGGGAACUGUACUGUACCAGAUUUACUGGCUGGCGAUAUUGACGGGGUGAUGUGUGACACUCCUGAUGUACACGACUUCAACGACACCGACGGUGAGACCAAGACCAACUCGUGCAAGGAAGGCACACAAGAAAACUGUGAGUUACCAAACCAACCUCGUAUUUCCAUCAUCUCGCAGGGACAGCUCUCCAAGGAACAGUAUGAAGUCGGGGCGAAAGUCUCUCUGUAUCUCUUCUACCCUCUGUUCAUCAGUGCAAUUCUCGUCAACACAUUCAAUCUGUUGGUGUACACGGACCCCGCCAUGAGGAGUCCCACAAGCACCUACCUGAUAGCUCUCGCCACUGACGAACUCCUCUUUGCCUUGUUAACCAGUGUGAGGCACAUUCUGAGACAAGCAUAUGGAUCUGACGCAGUCAAGAGGCAAGACUAUCUAUAUUUUGCUAUGUAUGGAUCAAGUGUUUGUUCGGCAACUCUCCGUGUCCUGAUGUACUGUUUGACUGUUCUGGUGUCCACAGAACGCUUCCUAGCUGUUGCCUUCCCUUUGAAGUACAGAAAUUUUCGUCUAAUCAAAUCACCAAUUAUCUUUAUAAUAUCGGUGACGAUUUUUUGCUUUUCUUGUCAAUUACCGGGAGCAUUGAAAUUCGACAUCGUUCCCAAACCCAACUCGACAGACUUUUCUCUCGUGCCAUCGACGAUGUACAUAAAUAACAAGGAUUUCCUCAACGGUCUUUCAAUCGCCAACAAUAUUCUCUUCACCUAUCCCGUCCUCGUGUGCGGCCUCAUCAUGAACCUGUGCGUUCUCCUGGCUCUCAGGAAACACAGAAAGAACAGGGCGAAGAUGAACACGACUGUGGACGAAGAGAAGACGGCAAAGCGAGAGAGGCAGACGACAAUCACCAUCCUGACGUCGACCUUCCUCUUUACAGUGCUGGCAAUUCCUCUGGCAACAGACGUGCUGGUUCAGAGUUUUGUGGCUGAGUAUGCUUUGUAUAGGAAGGAACAUUAUGUCAACAUGCUGAUGAAAGACGUCAACGGUUUACUUAUCAUGUUCAGCCUGUCUACCGACUUCGUGUUCUACAUUGCACUGAGUAAGGCCUACCGACGAACCUUCUUCAGACGACUUCCCUUCAUGGCCACGAUCUGCAGACGAAAGAAGUACAAGCGGGAUUCUUCUCUCCCUGAGCCGCAGACGAAAAUGUCGACCAUUUCUGAGAGUGUAAGCAAUUGCGCGUGA